CUUCCCCAAGGAAGACAAGGCGUUCAGAAAAUGGAUAAGGGUGACGAUAGACCCCGCUGUCUACGAGAACGUUCAGGAAGAGCUGGAGAGCAACCUGACCACCCGUCGCAUGCUCCGAACCCUCAGAAAGAGAUUUGCGGCCAGCGCAACCCAAACUCGAGAGGAAGCUCGACGAGAAUACCACAAAGCGCUGCAAAGCGCUCGACGGGCCAAUCAGAGCGCAGAAAAAUGGCAUUCGACUUGGAUGACCGCCUUGAACCGAGCAAAGAACGCCAAGUUAACCGAAAUUGAGGGCAACCAAGGAAUCGCUGAUUUCUUAGAUGCAAUUAGUGCUCGGUAUGCUCCUAAUUGGGCCACUCGAAAGCGCGAAGAGAUCUUCGAAGCAGAGGUUAAAGGCAGGGAACUUAGCCAAACACUCGAGAUCUCUGCAUCUCAGUUCCUCGCAAUCACGCGCAACGCUCCGCAGACCAAGAAGCACCAAGCACACGCCAUACUAGGGCAAAUCCCUAGUGAGCCGGCGGAGCAGUUGCCGCCUCUCAAAUAUCUAUAUAUGAGGCCAGGGACUAACUUCAAGCAUAAACACAGCCCUGAGGAAUGCGUGACCCUAGAAUACGCUAUCAUAGGCCAACGAGCAGAGGAUUGCAAGAUCAGAAUCUCGAAGAGCUAG